GACGUCCUCCCAAGAUGGCGGAGAGAGAGUGAAGAAACUGUGUUGCCCCUUGGGUUGCUAUCGAACAAGGGUAGAAUUCUGUUCUGAUAACAAAAUGCAGUAUUUCCACCACUGUGAGCACCUUUUAGAGAGACUGAACAAACAACGGGAAGCAGGCUUUCUUUGUGACUGCACUGUAGUGAUUGGGGAAUUCCAGUUUAAAGCUCAUAGGAAUGUGCUUGCCUCCUUUAUUGGAAUGUUAAAGAAAUUCAUCAGGCUGCUGACUAUCUCAAAGUGGAAGAGGUGGUCACUAAAUGUAAAAUAAAGAUGGAAGAUUUCGCUUUUAUUGCUAAUCCUUCUUCUACAGAAAUAUCUAGUAUUACUGGAAACAUUGAGUUGAACCAACAGACUUGUCUCCUUACUCUGCGAGAUUAUAACAAUCGGGAGAAAGCAGAAGGAUCUACAGAUUUACUUCAGACAAACUCUAAACAAGGAGCUUUGGGAAGGAAGUCAUCUCAAACUAAAAAGAAAAAGAAGGCUUUCAAUUCCCAGAAAAUAGAACAGAAUAAAACAGUGCAAUAUUCCAGUGACAUUUUAGAGAAUGCAUCUGUUGAAUUAUUCCUAGAUGCAAAUAAGUUGUCUACACCCAUAACAGAACAAGUUGCACAAAGAAAUGAUAACUCAGAACUGGAGUUGACAUCAGUUGUGGAAAAUACUUUUCCAGCACAAGAUAUUGUACAGACUGUCACUGUGAAACGGAAACGUGGAAAAUCUCAACCAAACUGUGCUCUGAAAGAACAUUCUAUGUCUAACAUAGCCAGUGUCAAGAAUCCUUAUGAGCUGGAAAGCUCUGGGGAAGAGCUGGAUCAAAGGUAUUCCAAGGCAAAGCCAAUGUGUAACACAUGUGGGAAAGUGUUUUCAGAAGCCAGCAGCUUGAGAAGGCACAUGAGAAUACAUAAAGGAGUUAAACCUUAUGUCUGCCACUUAUGUGGAAAGGCAUUUACCCAGUGUAACCAGCUGAAAACACAUGUAAGAACACACACAGGUGAGAAGCCAUACAAAUGUGAACUAUGUGACAAAGGAUUUGCUCAGAAAUGCCAGCUAGUCUUCCAUAGUCGCAUGCAUCAUGGUGAGGAAAAACCCUAUAAAUGUGAUGUAUGCAAUUUACAAUUUGCAACUUCUAGCAAUCUCAAGAUUCAUGCAAGAAAGCAUAGUGGAGAGAAGCCAUAUGUCUGUGAUAGGUGUGGACAGAGAUUUGCCCAAGCCAGCACAUUGACCUAUCAUGUUCGUAGGCAUACUGGAGAAAAGCCUUAUGUGUGUGAUACCUGUGGAAAGGCAUUUGCUGUCUCUAGUUCUCUUAUCACUCAUUCUCGAAAACAUACAGGUGAAAAACCAUACAUAUGUGGUAUUUGUGGGAAAAGUUUUAUUUCCUCAGGAGAGCUCAACAAACACUUUCGAUCUCAUACAGGAGAGAGACCAUUUAUCUGUGAAUUAUGUGGCAAUUCUUACACAGAUAUUAAAAAUUUAAAGAAGCACAAAACAAAAGUCCAUUCUGGUGCAGACAAAACUCUAGAUUCCAGUGUAGAGGAUCAUACUUUGAGUGAACAAGAUUCCAUACAGAAAAGCCCUUUUUCAGAAACUAUGGAUGUGAAGCCUUCUGAUAUGACUUUACCACUAGCUCUUCCACUUGGGGCUGAGGACCACCACAUGCUUCUGCCUGUCACAGAUAAUCAGUCUCCUACAUCAGAUACAUUAUUGAGGUCAGCUGUGAAUGGUUAUUCAGAACCACAGUUGAUUUUUUUACAACAGUUAUAUUGAUGUGAGGAUUAUGGAAAUGCUAAGACAUCUCUGAUAGUAAAUAUAAAGGUCUCUGAUAAGGUGAAUAUAUUCAUAUUGAAUUACCAUUGAGUUGUGCCAUUAUUUUUCAUUCAUUGAAGUAAAAGCACCUGAUGUUACAUCAUGACUGUGCAAUGUUUGUUUUGGUUUUUGGUUUUUAAGUCUAGACUAUACACACAGCUUUUUUAAGAAUGAAUUAUACUGUGGUAGCACUGUUUUGGAUGGAUAAGUUUUGUUUUAAAGCUGCCUUAAUUCCAUUUUUAUUUUGCAUUUUAGAAUUGCUCUUC